CCUUAAUUAGAUAAACAAAAAGACAGACAAACAAACAAACAAAACAUGCUUAACAACUAAUACAAAUAUAAUGAUCAUUUGUAAGAUAAUUACAUAACUUGAAAGGUUUCUUUGUGCAAUUACGUAUCUAUCUAUCUAUCUAUCUAUCUAUCUAUCUAUCAAUCUAUUUAUCUAUGUCAUGUUAGAUGAUUUUAUCAUUAAUCAAAAUCAUAUUGAAUUGAAUACAGUCGAUUUAAAUAUUGACAAUGUUAUUCAUUCAUCAUCAUCAUCAUCAUCACCGUCAUCGUCAUCAUCAACGUUGUCAUCAUCUUAUGCAAUAUCAUCUGUAGAGAUAUGGGCACUUAUAUUAACAUUUUUAUAUUAUGCAAUAAUGAUUUGUUUAGGUAUAUUUUGUUGGUUAAAUGCUAAACGUAAAUAUAAAAAUCGUCAAAAAUCAAUAGAUAUUUCAACAUGGUCACGUUUUCAUAUUGGUCCUAAUCAAUUACAUAUUAAAUAUACAGAUGAUGAUGGUGAUUCUAUGACUAAUUAAUUAAUUUAUGAUAAUAAACAUAAUGUCGUUCAGAAGAACGAUGAAAGCUCCAUAACCAAACCAUCCAGCUCAAAGAACAAAACUUCAUCAUAAUCAUCCAUCUGAGCUACAAAUCUUCACCACCAUCACGUAACUGGAGCGCAUAUAUCAUUUUGUACAGAUUAUUAUCAUAGAAAAACAAACCUUCCACUUUAUAUGUUUCUGUAUAAGUUUACUGAAAUUCAUCAGGAUUUCUUAUUCAAUACCAACUUGUAUAUUAUAUAUAUGUUUGUUAUGAGAUAUUACAUU